AUGAGCCCAAACCAAAUGAUCAUUCAACCAUUCAAUCAAUGUAUCUAUAUGAUUCAUCAUGCCACAACUGAUAUUGAAGAAUUUUACAUGAUUGAUGCAUCGGAUGCUGAUAAUAUUGUUAAACGCCUGAUUGCAACAGUUAAUUUAAACGAUUUGGCUAAUGUUUCAACAGAAAAUGCUCCUAUUUGUAGGCUUGAACAAGUCAUUUUAGAUUGGGAGAGUGAUUUGAUGAAUCAACUUGUUGGAUCACAAAAAUUAAUCAGAGGUUUCGCCAAAACAGUCAAAAGAAGUGAAAAUUACUGUUCUUCUUAUCGUUCCUGUUUCGUAUGGAAUAGUGUGAACGAUUUUGAUGUGAAAAAUAUUGUUAUUGCUGAUAUCAAUGAAGAUGGUAUUUCAUUUGUUGACGGUUUCAUGCUCAUGUCAUAUAAUAGAGCUCCAAGUCUUGAAAAGAGUCAAUCUGUUAAUUCUCUCAAAUUGGAACCAUGCAACGAGAUUACAAUGCCACAAUCAGAUAUCAUGUCAAGAACGGAAUCUGUUGCAAUUGUUAUUCCUUGCUCAAAUGUUAUCAAAAGAGAUUACUCACUGAAUGGUUUUUUUGAUGGAAAAGACAAGGUUUAUUUAUUCGAUUUGAAGAGUGGAAAAUUUGACCUUUCAGUCACUGGUGUUUCAUUUGGUGCCACUUUCGUGAAUUCUUCUUGUGGAGUUUGUAAUGUACCAUUCUUGGAGGGUGAGAGAUUAAGAGUCUUCUUGCUUCUAAGUUUUAGAUUGUAUGAAAUUGUUUGGAAAGGAGAGGAAAAUAAUAGUGAUCUAAUCUUAAUCAGACAUUUGGAAUGGAUUGAAAGAAUCAAUUCUGUCACAAGAAUGGAUAAUUUUGGUUUAUUGAUUCAAUCUAGGUCAAAAGAUGGUACUCAAUAUUAUGUCUAUUGUCCACAACCUUAUAAUACAGAGAAUUUGAAAAAGGAAGGGAAAUUGAUAGAAUUACCAAAGAGUGUUUAUGAGAAUGUUACAGAUAUAGUGUACGCUCCUAAAUCCAAGCGUCUCUUGUCUGUGAAAGAUGUAAAUCUUUCAAAAUCACUCAGUUUGGAAGAAAUUCAAGUAUUACCAUCAAACAUAAUCAAAUCAAUUUUCAAUGAAGAAGAAUAUUUGGAAAAGUUAAAGUUUGACACUUCAUUUAAAACAUAUCAACCAAGACUCAUAACUGAUGCAUGUGAAGUGGUAACAACAAUUCCCAAUCAUCCAAGAAUUAGUCGAGCUUAUCAAAUUCUUGAAGGAAGACACAAUGAAAUUGAAAUUGUUGCUGGUAUUGGAUGUAAGAAUUAUAUUGACAAGUUGGGAGAUUUAAUUUCUAAUGAUUAUGUAGAAUUGAAUAUUGAGGAUUUGGCUGAUUACCUUGGUGCUCCAGUAAUUUAUGAACAAUAUUCUAUUGUAGAAUAUACUUAUUUUAUCAAAGAUAUGGUUGAUGGAUUAAGAUCUUCAAAAGCUAUUGAAUUUUCUCGUGUAACAAGAGGAGGAGGAGGAGGAUAUGGUUCCUCCUAUGCUUACUUUAAUGAUGAUUUUUCGUCCCCAAAGUUUAUUGGCAUAUUAUCAUGCAGACCAAAGCAACCAGAAGAAGAAGAAGAUGAUGAAAUGGAGGAUGAGGAAGAGAAAACUGAAAAAGAGUACGAACAAUUGUUCAGAACAAAAGAGUUCAAAGUUGAGAGUACUUCAAUGGUUGUCAUUGAUCCAUUUACAACAAACUCUGGCGUAAUCAUAAAGAAUGUAAGACCUGGUAUUUGGAAUUGGAAAACUACUCACAAAUCCAAAGAUCAUGUGGAUGGAGGUUAUGAGGACCAUUUUUUGACAGCUCAAAUAGUUGCCAUUCAUCAAGAUUAUUAUGAAGAAUUAAGUUCUGAUCCAAAACUUUGGUUAGUUCCAAACAAUGUCUACAGAAAAUUGGAGAGAAAUCACAAAGUUGAAAGGGAUGAAUACUAUGAUGAUGAAAUUGAGGGAGGAUGGUUUGUUAUGAAAUUGGGUGUAGGGGUAGACGUUGCCAUGGCUGGAAUCUUUGAUGAAAAGUACUUUAAUGAUGAAAAAUGUUUGGAAUUGAAGAGAAAACCAAAAUCCAAAUUUGAAGCUUCUUGCAAGCUUUCGUUUAAUUCAGAUUGGCAAGAUUACUUUUUCAAAAAGAUGGAGCAAGAUAACUAUCCUUCAAAAUUAGCAGCACCUUUUGGAAUUAUUACUUCAAGUGGAUAUGGAGAUGGAUGUUAUGCUUGUUUAUUCAAGAAAUCAAAAGGAGGAGAUGUUAUUGCUGUUCGUCUUGUAUUUUGUUAA